CCAUGCACUGCAUGGUCUGGCGUAACCUGCGAUGCAGCAGGUCGAGUGACCCAAUUGACGAUGACGUUCCCGGCUGUACCGCAGACCCUGUCGGAAGACUCCAUGAGCGGCUUCGUUGCAUUGCAGGGUCUGCAAAUCACGGGGAAUGGGCAGGUGCCGGCUGGCUCACUUCCACAGAGUCUUCUCCAACUCAGCGGACUCGUGACUCUUCAACUGCAGACAACAGGUUUCGGCCCAUUGCCGGACAAUGCGUUCGACGCCCUUAAGUCACUGCAGUGGCUCACUCUGGCGGGUAAUUCUAACCUCGGGCAGACACUGCCGAGUUCAAUCACCGAACUUCCUUUGACUUCCCUUAUCGUCAACGGCCAGAACCUGGAGAUGAAUCUUGCGACCCUGCUCUCACCAACGGCGUCUUUUGCGACUACUCUGCAAAUGCUGGAUCUAUCCGUAAACGCCCUCUCUUCCUCCUUCCCGAGUUCCCUCGCCGCUUUCACUUCCCUCGUUGACAUCAACCUAUCGAGUAACGAUCUGACCUCUCUACCGCCCACCCUACCGACCUCGCUCAGAGUGCUAGAUUUGCAUAUGAACACAGCGCUGAAGGGAACCCUGCCAAGUCAGGUGUGUACGAUGGGUUUGCAGAGCUGCAACUUCAAGGAAACAGCUGUAACGACCAGUGGCAGCUGCGGGGUAUGUCAGUUUGGAUCGACUUAGUUGUAGUUCCAGGGAUGAUAUCGGUACGGACCUCAUGAUUUAUCGUUGGACUUCGAGCGCAUACACGAUUAAUUCACCAUAUACACUGGACUAUCCAUUUGUGUUAUC